GAGAGAAUUGUCAAGAAACCAUAAACAGAAUAUGGAGCAACUAGUAGAUUUCAAUGAAGAAUCUGCCACAAUAAAUGGAAGGACCAUUGCCUUUAUUGUAUUUGCAGCUAUACCCAUGAUGUCCUUGCUCCAUCUACAUGCCAGGGACUUGUGGUCACUUUUAGUUACAAUGUUCCACCACCACUACCACUGCCACGAUAUCGUGACAGGGGUGGUGGAAGGAGAGAGAGAGGCCGACGAUGACAGCCUGGAACUCGAAUGUGUGGUGUGCCUCAGCCAAGUCUCUAGUGGCGAAAAGUACCGGAUCCUCCCGGAGUGCCACCACGGCUUCCAUGUCCACUGUAUUGAUGCCUGGUUGCAAGUCCAUUCCACAUGUCCUCUGUGUAGAAGUCCGGUCAAAACUCUCUCAAACCACCAUAGAAACAAUGGACAUUUUUAUGAUGGUGGUGUUUCUUGUUUGCUCUCUGCUUUUGAUCAUAUAUGUCAAUGGAUGCAGAGUCCUCUCAACUUUGAGCUUACGUCUGCCCUAUAUGCAGAUCUUUGUCAAAACCCUCACAGGCAAGACGAUCACCCUCGAGGUUGAAAGCUCAGACACCAUAGACAAUGUCAAAGCAAAAAUCCAGGACAAAGAGGGCAUCCCACCUGACCAGCAAAGGCUCAUCUUUGCCGGAAAGCAACUUGAAGACGGCCGAACCCUAGCGGAUUAUAACAUCCAAAACGAGUCGACCCUUCACUUGGUCCUCCGCCUCAGAGGGGGUACCGGAAAAACCAACAAGAUCCUAUGCACAUAUACACAGACAGGAGUAUUUUAAGUCAUUUAUCAUUGAAAGUUAAGGGUAGUUCAGUAAUUUUGACAGGUCCUUUAGUGUAUUUAACGGCCCAUAACACAUAAGGGAGAUAACACAUAAGGGAGGUUCGUGUAGAAUAUUUUCAAAAAUAAGAAAAGUUUGUGUAAUUUUCAGAACAGAAAGGUACCACCUGUAAUUAUGGCAAAUCAUAUAGAAAGUGUGUGUAAAUUACCCGAAAAUUAUUUAUGUUCUUGCUCCUUUUAAGUAGAUUUUUUACAAAUAGUGAAAGUAUCUAAACUAAAGGUU